UCGUGCUGGGUCAGUCCGCGCUAAUACGUGACUCUGUCGUCGCGAUUAAAACUCAACUCAAACGGGCAUUUACAGAACCCGUGAUUAGUGGGCCUUUUUUUUACCGUAUUAAUUUAAAACUUUUUUAUUCGUUGCGCCGAUUAAUAAACCAACAAAAGUCUGUAUUAAAGUUUCGCGCGGUUUUAAGUUUAUGUUUGUUUUUGUUUUAUUUGAAAUUGUAUUAUUGCAGUGUGUUGUGUUUAUGUGUGAUUGUGAUUGUGAGAACAAAUAUUUAAGUAAAUGUAUAUAUAAAUAUAUAAAUAUAUGUAUUGAAGUGGUGUUGCAUUGAUGAUAAAUAAAAAAUAUAUUAGUAUAUUGGUUUUAUUUUGCUGAAAUGACACACGGAAGUAAACGCUGUUGGAGUAACGCGUACUGAACAAGCGCGAGAUCACUUCAAGAUGUACCGUUUGCUCUGGUAUAUCGUCGAUCGACUGUGACGAGUGUCAUCUCGGUGGCUGUUGCCUUAUACACAACCACUUAACAAGAAAAACAUCUCGAGCAAGAGUUUGCUUGACCUUUUUUUUUCUCUUCCAAGGCAUUACUAAAAUAUAUAUAAAUAUAUUUUAUACUUUAUUUAUGGACUUUAGACAUUUUUAUUAAUACAAAGAAACGAUCUGUGAAACGUGAGCUUGUUGAUAAAAAUCUAAAUAAUGCCGAUCGUUUACCUGAGUAGUGAGUAGAGGGUUCGUUUUUAAAUAGCAACUUUCGUAUGAUGAUAAUCGAAAUCAGGAAUAAGUAACUAUUUAAGUGCUCCAGGAUGAAAGUUCGUUUGACGAUGACGAAGAAGUGCGAUAGGUAGUAAAAAGUGUAUAGAAUAGAAGAAGUAGUGGCAGUAAAUAACGUGGACGUGGAGAAAUGUGUAGAUUGACAAUCGUCGUCCUGGUCUUGGGACUGGUUUUUACGGUCCGUCAUAACAAUGAGCAACACGGGGUCCAGGGAGCGACGAGCAAGGUGGCGAGACUUGUGCCCAGGCGCUCGCCGAUGCUGCCUCAGGAUGGGAAUCCAGGAUUGGCAAUGCAGAGUCGUGCUGUUGAUACUCGUGUCCAACUCAGUAUCAAGGAAGGCGAACCAGAAGGCACUCUUGUGGGCACGAUACCUGUACAGCAGAAUUUCACUUACCGGUUCAAUGAACCGCCUCAGGAAUUUACUCUGGACCCAGAAACUGGACAAAUUAGAACUGCUAAGAUAUUGGAUCGCGAGUCAUUGCCAAGCGAUAAAUUUGACCUGGUUGUGCUGUCGAGCCAGCCGACUCAUCCAAUCGAGGUGAGAAUCCACGUGCUAGAUGUCAAUGACAACAAUCCUGAAUUUCCGGAAUCCAGUAUUGCGGUGUCGUUCUCUGAAUCGGCAUCAGCUGGGACUAAAUUACUUUUGGAUGCAGCGACAGACAAGGACACUGCAGAAAACGGUGUUGCUGAUGAUUACUUCAUCGUUGACGGUAAUACUGAUGGUAAAUUCCGUCUUGAUGUAACGGGUAAUCCCUCGGGAGAGAGUUCAUAUCUUCAUUUAGAGACAACUGGUAAACUUGAUAGAGAACAGGUGGAAUUUUAUUCACUCAAUGUGUGUGCACGAGACCGAGGUAAACCACCAAGACUUGGUUAUCUUCUUGUCAACGUCACGGUACUCGAUGUCAAUGACAACCCACCGAUUUUCCAACAGAGUGACUACGUUGUUGCACUAAAUGAGAGUGUACCCGUGGGAACAACUGUUCUUACAGUCAAAGCCACGGACAAGGAUACCGAUGACAAUUCAAAAUUAACCUACUAUCUUCCUGAUAGUGAAGGACAAUUUACAAUUGACCCAGAAACAGGUACUAUAAAAACAGCUGAACCGUUGAAUUGUCCUCAGCAGGCUUGUUUCAAUUCUAAGCCCGGUGGUUCGUGUCCCAAGUCAUGUGUCAUUACGGUAUUUGCACGUGACCAUGGAUCUCCUCGGCAAGAUGGUCGUACCUAUGUUACGAUCAAUUUAUUGGAUGCAAACGACCAUGACCCGGAAAUAAAGUUCAGUUAUUUUCCGGCAACAGUGGGAUUUGCUACUGUUGAUGAAAAUGCGGCCAAGGAUUCAUUAGUGGCAGCGGUUGCAGUUGUUGAUAAUGACGAGGGUCUCAAUGGUGAGACGACUGUUGAAAUCAAAGCGGGAAAUGAAUUAGGACACUUUAGAUUGGAUAAUACUCAGAGCUUUGACAUUGUCCGGGUCAAUGGGCGGUUGGAUCGUGAGGAAAUUCCUAAAUACAAUUUAACGAUUGUCGCCACAGACAAAGGAACGCCGCCGAGAUCCGCCACAGCUUAUUUAGUAAUUCAUGUUAAUGAUGUCAAUGAUCAUGAUCCAGUUUUCCAACAAAGUGAAUAUUCGGCUGUUUUAUCAGAACUAUCCCCCGUUGGAAGUUUUAUCGCGAGUAUUUCUGCGACUGACGCUGACUCGGGACUAAAUGCUAAAAUUUAUUAUGAUUUUGAUUCAGGUAAUGAACAAUCGUGGUUUGCUAUUGAUCAAGAUACUGGUUUAGUGACGACUGUUGCUCGUUUGGAUCGUGAAAUUCAAGGUAGUGUUGAGUUACGUGUUACUGCACGUGACGGAGGUCCAAAUCCAAGGUAUGCAUCAACUCAUUUGCGUGUAACAGUACUCGAUGAAAAUGACGAAGCUCCAAGAUUUACUCAAACUGUUGUGGAUGUAACUCUGUCAGAAAAUACUCCACCACACAGUUUAGUCGCGACUUUGGCAGCUAUCGAUAAUGACCAAGGUACCAAUGGAUCGAUUGCUUACAGUUUGCAUCCAAGUGUCUUGAGAGAUUACCCAAAAACAUUUGCCUUAGAUGCACUGACAGGUCAAUUGACAACAAAGAUCCCUUUAGAUCGAGAAACAAUCAGCGAUUAUCGAAUUUUAGUGGUAGCAAGAGAUCAAGGAACACCAUCCCAGUCAUCAACAGCAACAGUUUUGUUAUCUCUGGAUGAUGUCAAUGACAAUGCACCAGUUUUCUAUCCACGAAGAUACUUGAUGCCCAUUCCCGAAGACACUUCACCCGGUACUUCAAUUGGAAAAGUAAAAGCCAUUGAUAUAGAUGCACGUGAAAAUGCUCGUGUUAAAUAUUCCCUCGAAUCUGGCGGUGAAGGUCUAUUUAAAGUUGACGAAAGAACUGGUGAAAUAAUUCUUCAGGGAUCGCUUCGUGUUGCUCAAAAGACUCUAUACGAAUUGACUAUUUCAGCACGUGAUACUGGUGACCGAGAAGCUGCUGAGAAUGCGAUUGUCGAAGUUUUGCGCCAAGAAGAUCUCGAGCAUCUUGACUUCGAUACUUACAAUGGGUAUGAAUUUAAAAUUCUAGAAGAUCGUGGCGACUGUGCAGUCGAUGUGCCUGGUACUUUUACAAGAGAGGUAGGUUCUGUUAUGGUAACACAAUUUGCAACCUCAAAAAUAACUUAUUCAAUAGUAUUCGGUGAUCCUGACAGUAAUUUCAAAAUAGAUCAGCACUCGGGAGUAAUUAGUACUGCUAAAUGUUUAGAUCGGGAAGAAGAAGCUUAUUACAGUUUAAAAGUUUCAGCACGUGCUGGUCCAGCGCGGGGAUUAACUUCUGUAAAUAUAACAGUGCUAGAUGUUAAUGAUAAUCCACCAAAAUUUCCCAAAGGAGAAAAAGCUGAUGAAGUUUAUUUAAAAGAAAACGCUGCUGUCGGACAAGAAGUUUACUUGGCACGUGCACGCGAUCGCGACGUCGGUGCCAAUGCACGAAUAACUUAUACACUAACACACAAUCCUGGUGGACAAUUUCGUGUCGCUGAAAAUUCCGGUAUUAUUUAUCUUGAUAAACCAAUCAGAUCACCCCCUGGUACUGUAUUGAAUGUUGAAGUAACAGCAGUUGAUACUGGAGCACAACCUCUGGCAGCGCAACAUCAAAUUCGCGUGACAAUUGAAGAUGUUAAUGAUCAUACACCGGUAUUUAAAUUAACGAGUUAUGAAACAUCUUUGGCCGAGUCAACGCCCGUUAAUGAAAGAUUCUUUGCAUUACGUGCUUAUGAUGCCGAUCUUGGUAUUAAUGGACGUAUUUUAUACAGCAUAACCGAUGGUAAUGAUGAAAAUCAGUUUGGAAUUUUUCCUGAUGGGCAAUUGUACGUUAAACACGUUCUAGAUCGUGAGGAACAGGAUUAUUAUGCUCUAGAAGUAACAGCCAGUGAUCAAGGUAAGCCAAGACGUAGUUCAGUUGUACCGGUAAUUGUUCAUAUUAUAGAUGAAAAUGAUAAUGCUCCGCAAUUCACGAAUUCGUCAUUCACGUUUCACAUUCGUGAAAACGAACCACCGGAAACGUUUGUGGGUAAACUAUUGGCGACUGAUCGUGAUGUUGGAAGGAAUGCCGACUUAACAUUUUCACUGCCCGUGAGUCAGCAGGAUUUUUUUGUUGAUCCACGAAACGGAUUUAUAAAAUCGUUACACGUCUAUGACCGUGAGGAAUUAGUUGCUAAUACCGGAACUAAUUAUGUCAGUUUAGAAGCAACAGUUACUGACAAUGGUAACAAUCGUUUACGUGACAAGGUCAAGGUUUCUAUUUAUGUAACAGAUGUUAAUGAUAAUGCACCACAGUUCCAACGGCUUCCAUAUAGGGUCCAAGUUAGCGAGGGUGCUGCUGUUGGUACACAAUUGUUACGUGUUUACACAACCGACGCCGAUGAAGGAUUAAAUGGAGACGUUUUUUAUUCAUUUUCCGAUGGCAAUCAGCAGGGCAAGUUUAUGAUCGACGAAGCUACUGGACAAAUUUCACUGGCACGUGAAUUAGACCGUGAGACUCUGGAUAAUUAUAUUUUGACUGUUAUUGCCAAUGACGCUGGCUUAGAAGUACGUUUGUCAUCGACUGCCAAAGUGACUAUUGAAAUUUUAGACGAGAACGACAACUCGCCGAAAUUUGUUGACAACGAGUCGCAUAUUUCGGUGAUCGAAACCACGCCGAUAAACGCGGAACUGUUGAAAUUUAAAGCAACUGAUGACGAUCUUGAUGCCAACAGUGAAUUGACAUUUGCUAUUUCAGCUGGAAAUCGUCGUGAUACAUUUUACAUUGAUCCGUUAACGGGUACUCUGUAUCUAAAGAAGCCAUUGGAUUACGAAGAGCAUGAGAGCUAUACUCUUAAUAUAACUUGUAGCGAUGGUGGACAUCCAAGAAUGAGCAGCGUAACGACUCUGCGUGUUGAAGUUAUUGAUGCGAAUGACAACCCCCCGGCAUUUCCCAACACCGCGAUAGUGCGUCAGAUACGUGAAGGCAUUACAGUAAGAACUCCAGUCCACUCGGUGACGGCUGAAGAUCGAGAUUCCGGUGACAAUGGCGUAGUGACUUAUGCAAUAGCUAGCCAAGAUCCUGAAGACCAGAGACGGCAUUUCGGAAUAAAUCCACUGACAGGAGUGAUACAUACAUUACUGCCGAUUGAUCGUGAAGAGGUGGAUACAUUUAAUCUUGUCGUUGUAGCGACAGAUCGAGCCCAGCCACCAUCAGCUCGUUUGUCCGCGGAGAAACUGGUAAUUGUAAUCGUUGAGGAUCUCAAUGACAAUGCCCCUAUCUUUGUAAGUAUGUCCGCCGUUGUGCUACCGUCAAAAUCAAUUCUCAACGGUAAUUUAGGCAAAGAAAUACCAGUGGCACGUUUACUAGCUCGUGAUAAGGACUCGAGUACUAACGGACUGGUGACGUAUGAACUAAUGCGAUCCGGAGUUAAUUAUUCAGACAUGUUUCGUCUCCACCGUAGUACAGGUGUCUUAACAAUGCGACUACCUGGCUCCUUAAAGUCAAUAGAAAGAUCCUCCAGGUAUCAGAUCGGUGUUCGUGCUACCGACGAAGCUGUUCAAGCAGAACGAAGGUCGUCCGAGACUUACGUGACAUUGAUUGUCCCCGGGGAAGAGGACGAUCGUCCCAUUUGGGAGCAUAAUGGCCUAAUUGAGGGCACUGUGUACGAAAAUGAACCCGCGGGUGCUAGUAUCGUGAAAGUAAGUGCACGUCCUCCUCGUACAAGUAGAUCUGCUGUUGAUCUCGAGUACUACGUGACAAACGUGACUGCCGGUCGUGGUGGUGCCCAGGUGGACAGAUUGUUCGACAUUGACACCAAGAGUGGUCUUCUGCAAACAUCCGCUCCACUUGACAGAGAGACCGGAGUUGAUUGGUACGAGGUUGAGAUCUACGCCGUUCUCAUCGGCGCUGAUCAUUCCAGCACUUCUUCUAUCAAGGUUCGCGUAACGGUCCUCGAUAAAAAUGAUGUGGCACCUUCAUGGGGUCCCGGACCAUGGAGAUUCGAGGUGUCCGAGGAAGCGCCACCAAACACGAUUGUAACAGUUUUAAAGGCCCAUGAUCCAGAUACUAUCGGUAAUCUACGUUACAGUUUAAUAACGUCACCCAAGAUCAAUCCGAAUGAUUACAAUGACGAGGAUACGUACGUGGUAUCUAAUGAUGCUGAACGGAAUGAGAUGGAACGACAAUUUCGAUUGGACCCUAUUAAUGGACAGCUACGACUCAUCGAAGCGUUGGACAGAGAAACCAGGGAAAAGUAUGUUCUCAGAGUAAGAGCUGAUGAUGGAUUACAGCACACGGACAUCAAUCUCAUCAUUCAGGUGACAGAUACCAACGACAAUGCGCCAGUGUUUCAAUCGAUGGCUUACUCUUUCGACGUUGCUGAGAAUGUACCAAGAGGCAGCCGUAUUGGUCAAGUAAUAGCGACAGAUGCGGAUGCCGAUGGCCCAAACAGCCAGCUGAGUUAUGCCCUGAUAUCCGAUUGGGCAAACGACGUAUUUUCCUUAAAUCCAAGCACCGGCGUCUUCACUCUGACGGCGAGCCUCGACUACGAGCAGGUUCAACAUUACAUCCUCGUCGUCCAGGCAACAGACGGCGGUUUACCAGCAUUAUCAACUACUGUCACUGUCUACUGCAAUGUCGUUGAUCUCAAUGACAAUGCGCCGAUAUUUGAGCCGGGACCACACGGCGCAGAUGUAUUGGAAAAUACGACAACAGGUACGGCUGUUUUGUCAGUUGUCGCUCAGGAUUUGGAUUCCGGUGACAAUGGACGUGUUGUCUAUGACAUUGCCAGUGGUGAUGACAAUGGAGAUUUCGGCAUAGCGUCAAAUGGAACCGUCUUUACCAGGAAACUUUUAGACCGUGAGACAAAAUCGAUCUACAAUCUCGUCAUCAGAGCUCAAGACAGUCCGGGACUUCCUGCUAAGCCGCUCUCAUCCACAGUUCAAGUUACCAUUGUUCUUCUGGAUGUCAAUGACGUAGCUCCGGAAUUUAUCUCAUCCAACCAGACUUCAGUGAUGGAGAAUGCGCCACCUAACACCGUCGUCAUGGCUAUCAAAGCCGUGGAUAAAGACGAAGGUCGCAACGGCUACGUCGAGUAUUCUCUAAAAGAUCCCUCAUUUUCAUUCAACCUCGGACCCGUUGACGGACUGCUUCGCGUCGCGGGGCCUCUGGAUCGCGAAAGAAGACAAAAUUACACGCUGAGAGUUACCGCCAAGGACCGCGGAGAGCCUCCGAAAUCAUCUGAAGCCAACAUAACAGUAAUAGUGCUCGAUGAAAACGACAACGCGCCAAUUUUCGAUCCCAAGCAGUACUCGGCAACUGUUGCUGAGAACGCGAGCAUCGGCGCGAGUGUACUUCAAGUCUCAGCGACAGAUCGUGAUGAAGGUGCUAAUGGUAGAAUGCGGUACAGUAUAGCUCUGGGCGAUGAGAAUCGUGAUUUUACGAUCUCCGAGGACGCCGGUGUUAUCCGGGUAGCUAAGAAUCUGAACUUUGAGCGUAAAUCACGAUACAGAUUGACAGUUAAGGCUGAAGAUUGUGCACCGGAAAUUGGCGAACCGUCACGUGAUGAUACAGCUGAAGUAACCAUCAACGUACUUGACAUCAAUGACAAUGCGCCAGUUUUUCUCGACUCGCCUUACCUCGCCUACGUCAUGGAGAACAUGGUUCCGCCUGGUGGCGGUUUCGUUAUCCAGGUUAAGGCUUAUGACGCUGAUACCCCACCUUACAAUGAUCAAGUACGUUAUUUUCUGAAAGAAGGGGACACCGAUCUCUUCCGUAUAAACGCCAGCACCGGUGAUAUCUUUCUUCUUAGGCCGCUGGACAGAGAAAUGAUACCGGAUUAUACGCUGACGCUGGUCGCCAUGGAUACAGGAUCGCCGCCAUUGACUGGCUCAGGUGUGCUAAAAGUUAUAGUACUUGAUGUUAAUGAUCAUAGUCCAGAGUUUUCAAGACCAGAUUACAAAGCUACCGUUACGGAAAAUAAUCCUCCUGGUACUUGGGUCGCAAAGCCUACGGCUACGGAUAAAGAUGAAGGAUUAAAUGCCAAGAUUAGAUACAGUCUGCUUGGUGAGAAAACUGAACGUUUUUCAGUAAAUCCAGAUACGGGAGAAAUAGUUACUUUGGUAUCACUCGACCGUGAGCAAAUGGCAGUUUACCAUCUGACUCUAAUAGCCCAGGAUUCAAGUCCGACAGAACCAAGAGCCGCGGCCGUUAAUUUAACGAUAUACGUCGUUGAUGUUAAUGACAACGCGCCACAUUUUUCUAGUCCACGUUACACAGCUUACGUUCCGGAUUCCACGAAACCUGGUGAUUUUGUAUUUGGUGCUAAAGCUAUUGAUGACGACGACGGCGAUAAUUCAAGAAUUGUUUACCAUCUUCAGGGUGAAGAUGCCCAUCGGUUCGUUAUUGAUACUUCUAAUGGGGUAAUUCGCGCCGCGGAAGAUCUGUCAAACUCAAAAACUACUUACCAGUUGCAAAUACGCGCGUCUGAUUGCGGACAAGAGUCUCAGAGUGUAACUGCUGAUUUGGUGAUUCACUUGUGGGAGCGCCAACUGUUUCCCAGUUUCAGGCCUUCUAUAAAUACUAGGUUCACGUUGACCGAAGACAUGCCCGAAGGACGUAUCAUCACGACUUUGAGUGCCACGACACCAAAAGUUGGAGCUGCGAGUAACCUAGUGUUCGCGAUGGCCGGUGGUAAUGUCGGAGAUGCUUUGAGAAUUGAUUCGGCGACUGGUGAUGUUUUAGUCGCCGCGGGUUUCGAUUACGAAACGGCCCCGACUUAUGAAGCCUGGGUCGAAGUCAGAGACUCAGACGAUCCACCACUGAGGUCAGUUGUGCAAUUGCUGAUAAAUGUCACUGAUGCCAAUGACAAUCCACCAAUUAUGGAAGCCGUUAUUUACAAUGCUACUGUACUAGAAGAAGAAUAUCCGCCUCUCUAUGUCACUAAAAUUACUGCCAAAGAUUUAGACUCUGCGGAAAAUGGCCAAGUGACUUAUUAUCUGGUCAAUGAUUACGAUGAGUCAUUUAUUAUUGACGAAAACACCGGAGAAAUAAGUACAAAUGCUAAAUUAGAUCGUGAAGAAAUAAACUCCUAUGAACUGAUAAUAGAAGCUAGGGAUCAAGGUGAACCGAGAUUGUCGGGCACAGCGACAGUUAUUGUGAGCGUACUCGAUAAAAAUGAUAACCCGCCACGUUUUACCCGUUUGUUCAGUGUUAAUGUUACAGAAAAUGCUGAAAUUGGUGGUUUUGUAAUAAGAAUAACCAGCAGUGAUCAAGACAUCGGUAAAAAUGCUAAUGUUACUUAUACAUUUACGGAAAAUCCUGGUGGUAAAUUUACAAUAGAUCCUAUUACUGGUAUCGUUGAGGUUGUCGGUACUCUAGACCGUGAAGAACAGGAUGAAUAUCUACUGAAAGUGGGCGCUGCAGAUGGAGCGUGGGUUGCCGAGACAACUUUGACAAUAACAAUACAAGAUCAAAAUGACAAUGCCCCGGAAUUUGCCGAAGAAACUUAUCACUUUCACUUUCCCGAGCUCCAGAGACGUCUGGCGCACGUGGGCCAGGUCGCGGCAACAGAUCGAGAUAAACAGGGCCCUAAUUCAGUUAUUUCUUACAGUCUACUCCACCCAUCUGAUUUGUUCAGCGUUGAUCCAGCCACUGGUGAUAUAUUUAGCAAGAGAACACUUCGCUACAAGCACACACAUCGUCCAUCUUCUCCCGAAAAUCUUUACUCACUGACAGUUGUCGCCACAGACAACGGAAAGCCUCCAUUGUCAUCUCGCACGGUCGUUUAUGUAAGUGUGGUGGACGCGAACAACAACGUGCCUAAAUUUGAGCAACGCACUUACUUGUCACCAGUCCCCGAAGCUUAUGGAGUCGGCAAACGAGUUGUUAAAUUAACAGCACGUGAUGACGCAGACUUUGGCGUAAAUGCUGAAAUAGAAUACACAGUAGCCGGUGGUAACUCAUCAGAUUACUUCGGCAUCGAAGCCAAAACCGGCUGGAUAUAUGUUACCAAGAGCAUCAAAGACAUACCCGUUGGCACGACAUUUUUGUUGGCAGUCCGUGCAACUGAUAGAGGCGUUCCACCCCAAAAAGAUCAAGUGUCAUUGAUGCUAGUGGUGACAGGUGAGAAUCGACGUGCUCCGACAUUCGCAGCUGUGUCUUAUCAAGUUCUGGUACCGGAGAAUGAGCCAGUCAACACGACAAUUUUGUCAGUUAUCGCCGUGGAUGGCGACGACGGACCCAACGGUAUGAUUCGCUACAAAAUAUCCGAAAGUGAACGUCGUGUGUUUUCAAUCCAUCCCACCACUGGAGCAAUCACCAUUUUGGAAGCUCUGGACUACGAUACUGUUAAACAGUACAGACUGAAUAUAACUGCGACGGAUUUGGGCUUCGAACCCAAACAAGCUGUUGCCACUCUGACUAUCAAUGUCUCUGACAUCAACGACAAUCCCCCUACCUUCAACCAAAGCAUCUACGAAGCUUAUCUUCCCGAGAAUUCACGGCCCAAUAGCUUUGUCUACAAAGUAAUUGCUCGUGAUAUCGAUUCCCCCAAGUACGCGGUGAUUCAGUACCGAAUAAUUGGUGGCAGUGGCAAAGAACACUUCCAAAUUCAACAAGACUCUGGUGUUAUUACUUCGCGCAUUACUUUUGACUACGAAGAAACCAACAAAUACACUCUGGAAAUUGUAGCAGCAAAUCCUGAUUCAAAUCCCCAGAUGGUCGGGUUCACAACAGUGAUGGUUCACAUCACUGGGGUCAAUGAAUUUUAUCCCAAGUUUAUUCAACCAGUUUUCCUGCUAGAUGUAUCCGAGAGUGCAGAAGUCGGCACUUCUGUUGGUUUGGUGCAGGCGACUGACCAAGAUGCCGGUGAUGACGGACGUGUUUAUUAUCUGUUUGUCGGAUCGUCCAAUGAUCGUGGGUUCUCGAUUGGCUCUGAGACGGGUAUCAUCAGCGUAUCGCGUCAUUUAGAUCGCGAAACACAGAAUCGAGCUGUCCUUACAGUUAUGGCUAAAAACGCUGGGGGGAUACGCGGUAAUGAUACUGACGAGGCACAAGUUAUUAUAUCAAUACAGGACGGAAAUGACCCGCCAGAGUUUUUGCAAACGACAUACGAGUCUACAGUAUCCGAAGGAGCUGUCCAAGGAACGAGAAUACUAACAGUCAGGGCUAUUGAUAAAGACGUGAGACCACAGAAUAAUCAAUUUUCGUACUCGAUAAUCGGUGGCAAUGUUGGACAAACUUUCAAAGUUGAUCCACAGUCUGGAGAUGUCGAGACCGCUAAAUUACUGGACCGCGAAUCUAUUGCCACAUAUCAAUUGAUCAUUGGUGCGAUUGACACCGGAUCGCCACCGCAAACCGGAACCGCAACAGUGCGUAUUGAUCUGCUGGAUGUCAAUGACAAUGGUCCGGUGUUUGACCCGCCAGAAAUCGUUGGAUACGUUAAUGAAAACGAACCUGCGGGCACUAGCAUAAUGACGCUGACUGCGAUGGAUCCAGAUCUGCCGCCCAAUGGCGCGCCAUUCACUUAUCGGCUGAUCGGAGGAAGACAAGCUGACGUCGUUAUUCUCGACAAACAUUCGGGUGUCUUGAGGACUACCAGAAGUCUUGAUCGUGAAGUUAUGCCUCAGCUUGAUCUAUUGAUCGAAGUUGAAGACUCGGGAGUCCCGAAAAUGAAGAGUGAGCACACAGUGACCGUGAUAGUAUUAGACGAAAAUGACAGUCCAUCAACACCACGGUCAGUCCACAUUAUCGUGCAUUCAUUCAAUGGCAAAACACCCAUGGGAAAAAUAGCGGAUGUCCAUCCAAAUGAUCCUGAUACCACCGGCGACUACACAUGCAAAAUACUUCAGGGCUCGAAUCCUGCUGGUGUACUCACCGUCCCGAUCGCUUGCGAUUUACAUACCAGCAAAAUUACCCCCGGUUUGGGUUAUUCGCUGAGCAUCUCCGGCAGAGACGGACGACAUCCAGAUGUCGUGUCCAAGGUCACCGUUGAAUUCCUCGUCUUCUCCAAUGCUACGGUUGAAAACAGCGUUACCUUACAAAUUAACAGACUCACUGCUGCGGAAUUUCUUGCCAAGUACUACCGGCCAUUACUGGACAUGCUGCAGGAUGACGUUGAUACCGGGGACACUUUUACAAUAUUCAGCAUUGGGGAGAGCGACGGCAAUUUGGAUAUUUACUUGGCUAUGGAAACACCUAAAGGAUUUAAAGCUAAGACGGAAGUUAUCGACAUGCUGACACGUAAGCGUGAAAAAAUCCAAGACAUUUUGAACGGCAGUGGAGUAACAAUAAAUUAUUCCCCAUGCCGGCACAUGGCUUGCGACAAUGGGGGCAGUUGCAGUGACCAAUUGGUCGUGUAUGACGACGCCAGGAUCACAAACAGCCAAAGUCUUAUUCUGACCUCGCCGCGAGUCGUACACGAGAUGAUAUGUCGUUGCCGCGAAGGAUUCACUGGAGCGCGUUGUGAGAGACGACAGGAUCCAUGUUCACCGAAUCCUUGUCUGGAGAGAGGACAAUGCAGACGCGUAGGUUACGAUUUUAUGUGCUCUUGUCCAUCGAAUCGCGAGGGUAAACUCUGCGAGCUAGAACGCGGGGAUGCUUGUGCCAGUAACCCUUGCAGAAAUGGAGGCUCCUGUAAAGUAUCACCAGACGGUUCGAGUUUCUUUUGCUUGUGUCGUGCUGGGUAUCGUGGCAAUCACUGCGAGGCAGUCACUGACUCCUGCAGACCCAAUCCUUGUCUCCAUGGAGGACUUUGUGUUGGACAGAAGCCUGGUUACCGUUGCAGCUGUCCUGAAGGCCACUAUGGAAGGCACUGCGAGCGUGCGACUUACGGAUUUGAUGAAUUGUCUUACAUGAGUUUCCCAGCUCUAGAUUCGACGACCAAUGACAUCACAGUUGUCUUCGCUACCACCAAACCAGACGCACUGCUGCUUUAUAAUUACGGGCCGCAGAGUGGAGGUCGCUCUGACUUUAUCAUCUUAGAACUAAUCAACGGACGCAUCGCUUUCUCUUACGGUGGAGCCAGAAGUGCCAUCACUCUGGUUAAAGUUGAAGCAGGCAAUCGGUUGGAUGACGGGCAGUGGCGUAAAGUAACGGCUACGAGAAAUGGACGCGUGGUAUCACUCAGUGUAUCAAAUUGUCGUGAGCAUGGAGACGUUUGCGAUGAAUGUAAACCUGGAGACGGUUCAUGUUACGCUGAUGAUAUAGGGCCAACUGGUACAUUGAAUUUCAACAACAACCCACUGAUGUUAGGAGGUCUGGCAUCUGCUGAUCCUGUUCUUGAGCGUCCAGGACAAGUCCACUCUGACGAUCUAGUCGGCUGUGUCCACUCGAUCUCCAUCAAUGGACGUGCACUGAAUCUAACCAGUCCAUUGGCGUCUCGCGGUAUCAAAAAUACUUGUCCGCGCCCUGAGAAUGGCGUCUGUGAAGAUUCCCAGUCCGUUUGUGGUUCUAAUGACAAGUGUUACGACAAGUGGCACCAAGCAUUCUGUCAAUGCGACUCGCUGACCGCUCCCAACUGUCGCGGAGCUUUAGAACCAGUUAAUUUAAGCGACGGUGGCUACGUCGAGUUCAAGGUAUCGGAAAAACACAAGCGGAUGCAGUUACUGGAAUAUUUGUACGGAGGAACGACAUCUUGGUCCCGGAAUAAAGUAACACGUCGAGCUACCAAAGAAGAAACAAGUAAUUUGAUUUCUCUAGGAGUUGCGCCGCCCAAGAAAAUUAGUCUGAUGUUCCGUACGAUAAAAACCGACGGUAUUUUAAUUUACGCGGCAACAAAUAAACAUUACACGUCAAUUGAACUGAAGAAUGGACAGUUGUCUUACACUUCGCUGCUAGGAUCGGCUGUAAAUAUGACUGGAGCUGUUGAUGGAGGUCUGGCUGAUGGUCAUUGGCACAAUUUAACCAUAUUCGCUCACUCACGAGGCUUGCAAGUGCUUAUAGACGGACAGCUGACCGGAGAUGAGUUGGAUUCAGCCGGAGUUCACGACUUUUUAGAUCCCUAUCUCACUGUGCUGUUUGUCGGCGGCGUACGUCGUGAUCUCUAUUACCACGAUAGUUAUCCAGUUACUUUCGAAGGCUGCAUAGCUAAUUUUACCAUCAACAAUGAGCUCCAGCCGUUCAAUGGCUCGGGUUCAAUUUUCAAAGACGUUAUGUAUCACGGCAAAGUAUCUCGCGGUUGUCGCGGGCCCAUCGGCAUCAGCGCUGCAGCAACAGCAGAUCCACUGAGCAUUGGGAUCACUUUAGUAAUAGUUUUCUUCGUCACGCUGCUCGUGGCGAUUCUCGUGAGCUUCGUGGUCUUCCGUCUGAGACGACAGAGCAAAGAAAAAGCGCCUUCGGUAGUAAAUAAAAACACAAAUGCAAUAAUGACUGGUAAUUCUCUAGUAGGAUCAGGUAAUGACGGGCUUAUGUCACGUCAUGAAAAUACUUAUAUAUCAGAUACAUCAGAUCUAAGGGGAGUUGGGCACAUGGGCCCGGAGUUGAUAUCAAAGAAGUUCAAAGAGCGCGAGUUGAACAAUACAGAGCACCAGAGACCUCAGCGACCUGAUAUCAUUGAACGGGAAGUGACCAAAAGCCCAAUGAUUCGCGAUGAACAUCCGCCAAUGCCACCGCCGACCCAGAGUUCGCUACAUUCGCACGAACACAACCCCGAGCCAGACAUGCCCGAGCACUAUGACCUGGAGAACGCGAGUUCGAUAGCUCCGAGUGAUAUUGACAUAGUUUAUCACUACAAAGGGUACAGAGACGGGAUGAGGAAGUACAAAGCAACACCACCACCAAUAGGAGGCUACGGGAACCAUCACAAGCAUACAGGAACUCCACAUCGACAUGCUGGAGCUUUUCCACCUCGUGCUAUGCCGCCUCCUAGUGUAGGACAACCAACCACUACUCCAAAACUCCUGCAGAGCACUCCGCUAGCCAGGCUAUCACCCAGCAGUGAGUUGUCUGCCCAGCAACCGAGGAUCUUGACGUUGCAUGACAUCAGCGGCAAACCGCUUCAAUCGGCGCUGCUCGCGACGACUUCUUCGUCUGGUGGAGUUGGUAAAGACGCGCUCAACUCCAACAGUGAGCGCAGUCUGAAUUCUCCGAUAAUGAGCCAACUGUCUGGCUCAACAGCUAGUCGGAAAGUACCACAGUCAACCAAUGACACCAGCAACAACGUCGCAACUGGACCCAUGGGUCUUACUGCCGAAGAAAUCGAGCGACUGAACUCCCGACCUAGAACGUCGAGUCUCGUGUCAACAUUGGACGCAGUAAGUUCUUCUAGUGAAGCCCGUGGACCCCCACCACCUCACGGUCCGCUUCAUCUGCACCGGAGACACACUCCGCCGACCGAAAGACUAGAAAGACGAAACUCUUCGACCACCGACGAAAGUGGCAACGACAGCUUCACUUGCUCCGAGAUCGAGUACGACAACAACUCCCUAGUCGGCGACAAACGCUCAGACAAUCUGUACAGCAAACCCGAGGACGACGCGCAAGUGCCCACAAGAACUGAUGGGUCACCUCAGUCGACGAAACCACCUCUGCCGCCAAACGUCAGCUACGACGGGUUCGACAGCUCCUUCAGAGGGUCUCUGAGCACUUUGGUAGCCUCAGAUGACGAUCUCUCCACCCACAUGGGCAGCCUGUACCGACCCACCAACAAUGGUUCUCCCUCGACCAACACCGCGCUCAGCUGGGACUACUUGCUGAACUGGGGACCGAAUUUUGAGAGUCUCGUCGGAGUUUUUAUCGACAUUGCCGAGUUACCGGACAGCAACCGGGUGCCCAACACGCUGAGGCUGCCCGCUAGUAUUCCUAAACCUUCUGAAGAAUACGUUUGAUGACCAGACUAAUUU